UUUUGUGAUUGAUUGAUUUAUUAUUAUAAAAAAAAAUUUAAUUAUUAAUUAAAUUUAGUGUUAUUGAGUGAUUUUUUUUUUUUGAAAUAUUGGAUUUUGGAUAUUUACCUUACUUUUUUAAGUGUUUUGCUGAACGCUGAGUAACUUCAUGCUAUUAAUUUAUGAUGUUAAUUAUAAUAAAAGCAUUUAUACUUCGAAUCUGCUAAAUGUAUACAACUAUAAUCUGAUCAGGUUCCGGUCAAUCUGAUAAGAAAAGAAAUUGAUGAACAUCUUUCAUAGUGGUCGGUUGGAUUUUGCUGUAUGGUUGACAAAUUUCAUAUUUAUGAUGUCUUAGAUCAAUGACUAAUCACAUAUAAUAAUGGGAACAGUGGAUAGUGGAAACGAAACACUCUUCUCAGAUGAUUCAUCAUGUGAUAUUUUGGAUACAUCAUCCGGAUCAGCGUGCUCCAGUGGUGAGCCAAGCACUGCCGCUGAUCCAGAUGCAACAAAUAGUGAUCAAGAAAAUUCUGCAGCAAUUGUAGCUCCACCUAAAAUUCAAUCCUGCAGUGGUGUUCUUGGAAAGGGGAAAGUAGUUAUACGUCCAAUUGCUUUUAAACCUAUUGGAAUGACACCAGCAGCCCGUUUUGGAAAUGCCGGUGAACGUUAUGGUUCAACGCCGAUUCUCCCACGUGCUGGAUCUCAUCUAACGUUUUAUGGAAGUAGCAAUGACUUAAGACUUCAACGAAAUUCCAAUUAUUCAUUGGAUAGAAAAUUAAUAUCAUCGUGUACUUCAACCUCAUCGUCACCGCCGUUAGGAAUGGCAUCAUUGUCAUCAUUACCAUUAUCUUCUGGUCGAAAAAUAAAUUAUGAUAGUUUAGAAAGUGUUAGAAAAUCUCCCACCUCAACGUUGAAUAGUCAUAGUAACAGAAAUAAGUCAUCAUCAACAUAUGGUCUUCUGACAAGUGUCGGAGGAUGUAGUAUGAUAGAUUUAACACCAUCUCCUUCAGAUUCUGGUGUAUCAGAACUUGAAGCAGCAUUAAGAGAUCGUGAUUCUGAAUUGGCAUAUUUACGACAAACAAUGGAGCAUAACGAACAAGUUAUAUUUCGUGUUUACCAAGAAAAAGAACGGGUUUGGGAACGUGAACUAAGGCGUAUGAAAACUGUACAUGAGAAUAGAUUACGUGCUAGCGCUCAAAAAGCACAUAAACUAGAACAAAUGCUUAUGAUGCAAACAUAUCAAUUACAACAAGAAAAGAAACGAUUAACAACUGAAAAUGAUCGAGUUUGUAGAGAAGCAACCGAAUUACAUCAAGAAAUUGAUUUAUUACGUAGUCGAUUAGAAGAAACGGAAUGGGGUUUAUGUCAAAAAACUGGUGAAAUAUCAUUGUUGAAAUCUCAAUUAAAAGAAGCUCAGAAUGACAACACCACAAGAGGACAUGAAUUAUUACAACUUCGCGGCGAAUUUCGUGAUGUUCGUGAGAAUUUAGAUAGACGAGAAGAUGAUAUGACUUUACUACGUCAAAAUUCGCAACAAAAAGAAAAGAAAAUUCGGCAAUUAGAACAAGAAGUAAAAAAAUUAAAAGAACAAUUACAAAAUAAAGAGAAUUCAAAUCAUCAAAGGCAAGAGCUUUAUUCAACAGAAAAUAAACGAUUACGUGAUGAAGUACGUGAAUUACGUGAAGAAUUAUCAGAAGUUGCGAUGAGUGAAUAUGAAGGUAUAGAAGAUGGACGAUCCUUACGCGGACUACACUCAUUGAGUUCGUUUGAUUCGGAUGUCACAGACAAACAAUCAAAUAACAAUAAACUAGAAGUAGACUGUUUAAUACAAGAUGAUUUACUAAAUGUAUGCCAAAAUAUUCAACAUCAAUGUCCAAGCGUUUUGAAAUUAAUUGAUGAAAUGAAUAAAAAAAUGAAAGAAUUCGAACAGGAACGUAUCACAUGGAUUGAAGAAAAGGAGAAAGUUUUAAAAUAUCAAAGACAAUUACAAUUAAAUUAUGUUCAAAUGUUUCGACGAUCACGUGCGUUAGAAACUGAAGUGGAAAGUUUAACGUUGGAAUUAGAGUUAAUCACAAAAAAUAAACAAUUAUCAACAGUUGAACGUGGCCAUGCUGUUGAAUUAUAAAUUAUAAAAUGCCAGUUUAAUUUUAAUAAUUUUCCCCAAAUAUACCAUUUGAAAUUUAAAGGUUAAAAUUACUUUUUAUUUUGAGACCGUAAAGAUACUUAACUUAAAACCUUAUGGCGGUGAAUUUUUCU